AGGUGCUAAUUACAAUCUAACCCAGAACAUCUGAUAGUGUCAUGCCUAAUUCAUUUCCUGUUGUAUCAAUUAAACACGAAUGCAUUUGUUUUCAUGUAAUUUACAUAACAUGAUUUUUAUAUUUUCAGGAAGAUGGAUUCUUUUCUUGAUGAUGAUGAAUUUGAUCAAUGUAUGAUUGAACACAUCAUAGAUAAAGAUCAAGUUAAUCAAUAUAUGCUUGAACUCCAGGGAUUGAUUGGCAAAUGCCCAGAACGUGGAGAACCUGAAUGGCCCACUGAUGAAAGGAAGAUGGAUUCUUUUCUUGAUGAUGAUGAAUUUGAUCAAUGGAUGAUUGAACACAUCAUAGAUAAAGAUCAAGUUGGUCAAUAUAUGCUCGAACUCCAGGGAUUGAUUGGCAAUCGCCUGGAAUGUGGAGAACCUGAAUGCAACAACUCACCUUCUUCUUGCAGUGCUUCUUCAGUGGAGAAAGAAGCAAAACGACGGAAUAGACACACGCCUUCAAUAAACCUGUCUUCUCUGAUAGACAAUAACGUGGUGUUGUUGGGGGAGAAAGCACGUUACUGGAAUAAAAAGGAAAACCGUGUUAUGGCAGAAGGGUGGGUCAUGCGCGAAGGAAUCAGAUGUUCGUGUUGCAAAAAUGUGUAUUGUCUUUCCAAGUUUGAGAUCCAUGCAGGCAGCCAUAGUCAUCGGCCUACCGCCAAUAUCUUCUUGGAAGAUGGAAGGUCGCUGAUGCAGUGUCAAGCACAAAUAAAAAAUGGUGAUGAAGUUAAAGGCUAUGAACAAAAUCCACACCCCAUAAUUCAGAAAAUGGAGAGUGAUAUGAGUGUUGAAGGUUUGACAGGGUAUCUGCAUGAGCAAAUGGAGAGGAAUCAGGCCCACCCCUUAAUUCAGCAAAUGAAGGUUGACAAAAAGGAUUGCAGAGUCACAAUUGCAGAAGAAAUGAAGAGUAACACCUCAUGUUGCAGAGGAAAUGGAAUAUGCCACAUUUGUCUCCACCAAGGGGUUGGAUUGCUAGUGUGUGAAGGUGAAUGCCUGCGCAUGUUUCACUUAAGCUGCAUUGGUUUAGAGGGUUUUCAUGGAAGUGAAUGGUACUGCCCAUCUUGUGCAUGUGGAUUAUGCGGCGGGGGUGAAUACAAUAAUGACGGCGAUCAGUUUGUGGAGCGAACGAUUGUGUAUUGUGAUCAAUGUGAACAUAGAUAUCAUGUGGGUUGUCUAAGAGAAAGAGGAGUCGAAGGGCUUGAAAGUCGUCCGAAAGGAAAUUGGUUUUGCAAGGAAAAAUGUGCAGAGGUACUUCAAAAUUUUCUCUAUGAGAAGUAG